AUGGUAGGUGAAGAAUCUGAUGCCCAAUUCCAGUUCACUGGUAUUAAGAAAUAUUUCAAUAUCUCUUACACUCUUAUGGGUAGAAUGAAUUAUGUACUGGCAAUAUAUGGAGGCAUUGCUUUGAUGGUCUUAUACUUCAAGUUAAGGUCUAAAAAAACUCCAGCUGUGAAAGCAACACAAAUGGGUUUGUAUAUAUCUGACUUCAUCUGUUAA